ACAGCUUGGAAGAUAGUGGUGGGGCAGGGAAUUCCCCUCGCAUUAUCCCCGCACGAUUCUAAAGUAUUGAGAUGCGUAUAAGUAGACUGAAGUAGAAGAAGUAAAAACUGAACUCGUGAACGUAUUUGUCUACAAAACUUAUUUUAUAUAUCUGAUUUGAAAUAUACAAGUUCCAAAUUUAACAUGGGAAUUCCUGGACUAACUGGAUACAUAAAUAAUCAUUCUGACCAUUACUUGCGGUAUUAUGAAUUACAUAAUACAUAUUUAGUGAUUGACGGUAACAACGUAGGUUGUCAAAUAUAUCAUUCGCAAAAGGCAUAUCGUAAUUGUGCAUUCGGCGGCAAUUAUGAUGGAUAUGCACGCGACGUGUCAAUCUUUUUCGACGAUCUGUUAAAAUGUGGCAUAAAGCCGUUGGUUUUGAUUGACGGUGGUACCGAGGACAAAAAAUUAAAAACAGUCAUAAAGAGAACCAACCAGAAAAUCCAAAAAGCUUCGACUUAUUCCCCGUGUCAGAAUAAAGAGACAUUUCUGCCCGUGUUGCAAGGAGAAGUUUUCAGAGAUGUGAUGAGAGAAAAGAACAUUCGACAGGAAUCAAUGUUACCAUUGGCAGCAAUUUUGUUCGGAAACGAUUAUGUUAAACGUGGAACGUUUAAAAACUUCUUUCGUCAUUUGAAAUUGAAGACGGCAUCAACAGCAUGGUGCGAGAGAGAACGCUGCAUCGAGGCAAUUUUUUCAUGGCUAAGCAAGUUCACCUUGGACGAAGCAGUUGCCAACAUAUUAACAAGAAUACCCAAACCUUCGCGACGGAGCGUAUUGAAUUUAAUAGAAGAGAAUAUUAGUUAUACGAAUUCAUUAGCUGAAAUACUUGUACCAUUAGGAUUUCCAGGAGAUUACCUCGCUCGUAGAGAUACGAGUCGCUUGAACAGGAGUUUUAAAUUUAACGGCGACAUUGAUACUUUGACCUACAUGGGAGAAGUUUGUGAAGGAGAAGAGGAGGUGAGCGAAAAGGACGACGACGAUGAGAUAGAACUAAUAAGCACAAUAACUGAGACCGAAUCGUUGUCGCGAAAUGAAGCCAUUAGUAAAUUGCCUGAAUGGUUUGUAAAUGAAUAUCUUUUGGCCAAAUAUCCUCCGUAUUUCAUGAACAUGAUAGUUCGUAGAUUGUAUUCGUGUCCAAUACAAAUUGAAAAUAUCAAUUAUUCUUCGAGUAAUGUAAUAACUUUAAAGAUCAUUAGCGUUAUUUUUGGUCUUUUAAAAUCAGCAAUAAAUGACAAAGUACGUUACAUGAGAUGCAUAAUCAGAGAUCAAAGCAGAAUUGUAUUACGUGAAUUAGAAGGCACAGAGACACUAGAUUGUUGUAAACUUCCAUCUCUAUCCAAACUUAGGGAAAUUCCAUCAGAUUCACGCAAAGAAAUCUUGAAUAAAACUUUAGGGAUUAGCGAUACAGAUGGUAUAAAUGAGCUUCCGCCAAACUGGAUAUUAUAUUUUGGAUGUAUCAAGUACUGGAUAAGGGAGCAAGAACCUACCGUGUUUCAUAAAUCUAACGUAUAUGCUAUACUCAUCGGUACAAUAUUUCAUAUAAUAGAUUCCAAGAUCGGUGCAUAUAGAUCGGCCCGCAAUUUUGAAGAGAGAAAGAGCCGAGUAAUUGAAAAUAUAAAACGAAAAAGAAGAGCGAAUAAUUAUAAACCGAACUACAAGACGAAUGGCACAGUUAUCGAAGCCUAUAAUGAAAUCUGCUAUGACGACUGUCUUUUAGCCGCAUCAUUUUUUAUUUCUCAUUUUCAAUUAGAUAGAAAAUUGCGUUCAAAUCCGAAAUUAUUUAAUAGAUCCAUAGUCCAUGCAUUUGCAGAAUUUCAGAUUUGUCUGAGACAGGUCAUGAGUCUGAACGCGCUAUUAGGGUGUCCCUAUCCACAGACUACAGUUGCCACUUUCUAUAAUGGUACUUUGUUGUAUAAUUUAAGUACUGAUUUUAAAACGCAUCAGGAUAUUGAGAAAUACAUAAAUGCUGUGCUUGAAAUGUCUCCAAGCCUCUUGAGAUUAUUUCAUAUACUUUUGUCAAAAGUAGUGUGGCCACCGCCUAGGGCCUAG